GUAAAAGUGUCAAUUCUGAAAACGCUUACCUAUACAACUGCGGUUUUUCCGCUGGGUGCUGAAAUUCAUUUUUUUUUGUUAAAAGGAUACAACCUCCCAAGUUCUCGUUUGUUUUGCACAAAUCCGCACGCAUGUGCCAAUUGAAUCUCAGUUUACGUAGUACGACCGACACACGCGGAAGAAGUCAGUGGUUUUAUUUGAUAAAUUUAAAGUAUGAAUUUUCAGGACCGCAGUUGUAAUGGGCAAACCGGUAAGGUAGGCGUUUUCAGAAUUGACUGAAGGUGACUGUUGUUGCUAGCAAAUCCCGCGACCGGUUAUCCAAACUCAACUAUAUAUAUAAAAAAAGGAGAGGAGUUGAGCGUUACUCAACUAUAGGCAAGGCUGUACAUUUCAAGAUGAAUGUAAAAUACACACAAUAGGCUGAAUGAACAGUUAGGUGAUUUCCAACAGUUGAAGUCCCGCAAUAAAAGAGACUAUAAUGUUUGUAACCUGUGGGUGACGCUGAGUAGGCCGGACCCAAGAUCCAGAGGUACUGACAGGUGUGACGAGGACGCUGAUCCAGUGGACCUGGUGCCAGUAAGGAUGGUCGUCACGGAGGCGAUAAGACCGUCCAGGAUAGAGAAAUCCUUCGACUUCACUGCCUUUUCAAUGCUCGGUGGUGAGGUGUAGUCAUGGACACCACCACCUCUCUGAAGAUGACCACUCUGGCCACCCAGAGCCUGUUCAGCUACGUUGAGGAGAACAACGUGCCGGCCAUAAAAGCCCACCUGGACAAGUUCAAGGAGGUGGACAGCAGGAGCGAGAAUGGUCAGACUCUCCUCAUGGUGACGUCAGAGCAGGGCAACAUAGAGAUGGUCCAGGAGCUCAUCAGGAGGGGAGCCAACGUCAACCUGGACGACGUGGACUGCUGGACGGCACUUAUCUCAGCGGCUAAGGAGGGCCAUGUGGAGGUGGUGAAGGAGCUGCUGGCCAACAACGCCAGCCUGGAGCACCGGGACAUGGGGGGAUGGAGUGCCCUCAUGUGGGCUUCCUAUAAGGGUCGUGUGGAGGUCACCCAGCUACUGCUGGAGAAGGGAGCUAUCCCCAACAUCACUGGCCAGUACAGCGUCUACCCCAUUAUCUGGGCGGCUGGACGAGGCCAUGCUGAUAUAGUGCAUCUCCUGAUUCAUCACGGAGCUAAAGUCAACUGCUCUGACAAGUAUGGCACUACCCCGUUGAUCUGGGCAGCCAGGAAGGGCCACUAUGACAGUGUGAUACACCUGCUGGUCAAUGGGGCCGAUGUGGACCAGGAGGGAGCGAAUUCCAUGACCGCUCUGAUCGUGGCUGUGCGGGGUGGUUUCAAUGAGGUGGUGAAGGAGCUUCUGAAGAGGAACCCCAACGUCAACAUGACAGACAAGGACGGCAACACGGCCCUGAUGAUCGCUGCCAAGGAGGGCUACACUGAGAUAGUCCAGGACCUCCUGGACGCUGGCACCUACGUCAACAUACCAGACAGGAGUGGGGAGACGGUGCUGAUCGGAGCAGUGCGAGGAGGCCAUGUGGAGAUCGUCAGAGCCCUUCUACACAAAUAUGCCGACAUUGACGUCAGGGGACAGGAUAGUAAGACUGCCCUCUACUGGGCAGUGGAGAAAGCGAACGCCACCAUGGUGAGAGACAUCCUCCAAUGCAACCCGGACACUGAGAGCUGCACCAAGGACGCAGAGACCCCUUUGAUCAAAGCCACCAAGAUGAGGAAAAUUGAGAUAGUGGAGCUGCUCCUGGACAGAGGGGCCAAGGUGGCUGCUGUGGACAAGAAAGGCGACACGGCCCUUCACAUUGCCAUCAGGGGGCGGAGCCGCAAGCUGGCUGAGCUCCUCCUGAGGAACCCGAAAGAUGGCCGCCUGCUCUACCGCCCCAACAAGGCCGGCGAGACGCCCUACAACAUCGACUGCACCCACCAGAAGAGCAUCCUCACUCAGAUCUUUGGAGCCAAGCACCUUUCUCCCUCUGAGUCCGACGGUGACAUGCUGGGUUAUGACCUGUACAGCAGUGCCCUGGCAGACAUCCUCAGUGAGCCCACCAUGCAGCCGCCCAUCUGUGUGGGCCUGUACGCCCAGUGGGGCAGCGGCAAGUCCUUCCUGCUCAAGAAGCUGGAGGAUGAGAUGAAGACAUUUGCAGGCCAGCAGAUUGAGCCUCUGUUCCAGUUCUCGUGGCUGGUGGUGCUCCUGUCCCUGCUGCUGUGUGGUUCUGUAGCUCUUGUCCUGGGCUUCACCGUCGACCCCCGCCUGGCCAUCGCCGUCUCCCUCAGCCUCCUCACCCUGCUCUACGUCUUCUUUGUGUUGGUGUACUUCGGGGGUCGUCGUGAGGGCGAGAACUGGAACUGGGCGUGGGUCCUCAGCACCCGUCUGGCCCGCCAGGUGGGCUACCUGGAGCUGCUGCUCAAACUCAUGUUUGUCAACCCCCCCGAGCUGCCAGAGCAGACGACCCGCGCCCUGCCUGUCAGGUUCUUGUUCACAGACUACAAUCGUCUGUCCAGUGUGGGAGGGGAGACCAGCCUGGCAGAGAUGAUAGCCACUCUGUCUGAUGCCUGUGAGAGGGAGUUUGGCUUCAUGGCCACCCGCCUCUUCAGGGUGUUCAAGAACGAGGAGAACCAAGGUAAGAAGUGGAAGAAGACUUGCUGCGUGCCCAGUUUCAUGCUGUUUGUCGUGACGCUGGGCUGCCUGAUCACAGCCAUGGCACUGCUGGCCAUCUUUAAGGUGCAGCGUGAGAACCUGACGGUGAACGCGGUGCUGAUCGCCAUGGCCAGCGUGGUGGGCCUGGCCCUCCUGUUGAACUGCAGGACCUGGUGGCAGGUGGCUGACUCCGUCCUCAACUCCCAGAGGAAGAGGCUGCACAGUGCCGCCAACAAGAUGCACAAGCUCAAGAGCGAGGGAUUCAUGAAGGUGUUGAAGCAUGAGGUGGAGCUGAUGUCCAAGAUGGCCAAGACCAUCGAUGGCUUCACCCAGAACCAGACCCGCAUGGCGGUCAUCAUUGACGGCCUGGAUGCCUGCGAACAGGACAGAGUGCUGCAGAUGCUCGACACGGUGAGGGUGCUGUUCUCCAAAGGCCCCUUCAUCUCCAUCUUUGCCAGCGACCCCCACAUCAUCAUCAAGGCCAUCAACCAGAACCUGAACAGCGUGCUCAGGGACUCCAACAUCAACGGCCACGACUACAUGAGGAACAUCGUCCACCUGCCUGUUUUCCUCAACAGCCGGGGGCUAAGCACGACCAGGAAGCUGUGCACGGCCGACCCAACCUCCAACGGAGACCUGACCAACCCUGAGGGAUGGCACGAGGAGAUGGACAGGAACCUGUCCUCCAACAGUCUGGGGGAUCAGGCCAAGUUUGGCAGCAAGACGGCCCUCAACCGCAGGGACACGUACCGCAGGAGGCAGAUGCAGAGGACGGUUACCAGACAGAUGUCCUUUGACCUGACCAAGCUGCUGGUCACCGAGGACUGGUUCAGUGACAUCAGCCCCCAGACGAUGAGGAGGCUCCUGAACAUCGUCUCUGUCACAGGACGUCUGCUGAGGGCCAAUCAGAUCAUCUUUAACUGGGACCGUCUGGCGUCGUGGAUCAACCUGACAGAGGAGUGGCCCUACAGGACCUCCUGGCUCAUCCUCUUCCUGGAGGAGACCGACGGCAUCUCAGACCAGGUCCCCCUGAAGACCAUCUAUGAGAGAAUCUCCAAAAACAUCCCCACCACCAAAGACAUAGAGCCCCUGCUGGAGAUCGACGGGGACAUCCGUAGCUUCGAGGUGUUCCUGUCCUCUAGGACGCCCGUCCUCACGGCGCGCGACGUGGAGAUGUUCCUCCCCUGCACCGUCAACCUGGACCCCAAACUCCGGGAGAUCAUCGCAGAUGUUCGUGCUGCCAGGGAGCAGAUGCACAUUGGAGGAGUGACCUAUCCCACGCUGCCCCUGCAGGACGUCCCAGCCCGCGCCUCUUCUGCCUUCGGCCAGCACUUGGCCGCCUGCUCCCCCACGGGCUCCUUCACUGGCUCCCUGCCCCCCCCUGGGCUAGUGCCCUCCCAGCCCCACAGCAGUUACUACAGCAUGCCCGCCCCGCAGCACCCCUUCUACACCCGGCCUUAUUUCCCCCAUCAUGAGUAUCACCUACCCCGGCAUCAAUACAGCUCCCGUCCUCACCCUGCCCCGUCCCAGUCACGCCCCUCCAUUAAAGCAGGCUACCCCAGGGACCCCAAUGGACUUGGUUCUGGCUCCGGGGUACCAGGCGCCCCUGUGGUACUCCUCAGCUCUCUGAACACGGACGUGGUGUGUGAGCUCGUCACACACAUCGACGGCAUGGACCCUUGCAUGCUGGCCCAGUACACCGCCACCAUCAAGAAGGCCAAUGUGAAUGGCCGGGUGCUGUCUCAAUGCAACCUGGAAGAGCUGAAGAAAGAGAUGAACAUGAACUUCGGCGACUGGCAACUCUUCAGAGGCAUGGUGAUGGAGCAGCGUCACGGAGAGAGCCAGGCCCUGCAGGAUGAGUCUCAUGCGGCCAGCGAGCAGGGCAGCAGCGUAGUCAACGUGGAGACGGCCAGGCACCAGGGAGCUCCCCACGAGGUGGGCAGCUACAGCUUCAACCUCAGCUUCGAGGAGCUGAGUAACGCAGGCCUGGGUCUGGAGGAGCCCCCGAGACCCACUCAGCACUGGCCCGUGGCGGCCACCCACCGCACCCCCAGCAUGUCCAGCCUCAACUCCCAGGAGUCGUCCAACGAUAUCUGCAAGCUGACGGACAAGCAGCAGGCAGAGUACCGUGACGCCUACCGCGAGUACAUCACCCAGAUGACCCAGCUGGACGUGGCCGGAAGCGGGGGAGAGAAGCCCGUCCAGCCCCACCCGGGCCAGUUCCUCCAGAGCCGAGAGGCCCGAGACCCAGAGGAAAAGGCCAAAGACGGGGCAGAGCAGGAGGGACGCAAGCCCUCUUUCUCCACCAAGAGAUGUGCUAAAGCUACGGAUGCGGUCGAUACAGAUGCCCCCCUGGACCCCAUCAGCGAAGAGGACGAGAAGAUGUAUUCCAGCUCCUCCAAAGCAGGGGGCUCCAAGGUGAAGGGAGCAGGGCCUCGAUACCACAAAGUCCCCAGUGACGAGGAGUCAGGGCGGGAGGAGUCAGACAACACCCCUCUGCUCAAGGAAGAAGGGAAGGAGGGGGGCGCCCAAGCGACAUCCGACAUUGUCCAGGACAAGAAGGACUCGUCUGACUCUGGGCUGAGGUCUGGUGAGAGCUCCUCGGACCACUCCCUAGAGGAAGCUGAAGAGGUUAAUAAAGCAGACCUGAUAGAGCUGGAGCUAGAAGGUCUGGUAAAGAAGAGGGGCCUGCUGUCCAGCAGUCUGAGUGGACUCGAGGAUUCCACCAUCGCCCGCAUGUCCAUCUGCUCCGAGGCCCCGUCCGAGGGCAGCCUAAUGGCCUCCAGCCCCGACGAAACCUGGUUCCCCGCCAGCUUGUCCAUGAGCAACCUCAACCACGACUCCAACACCACCACACUCAACAACAACAGCAGCAACAACGCUGCCACCACCAACACCACCCCAGGCUCCAUUACUGCCUCAACCACGGGGCCCGUCCACAACCAGAACCUGCGUGGGAUCAUCCUCAAGAGGGCCCUGAGCACCGAGGGGGCCCUCGAGGGAUGCACAGGGGCCCCUGAUGCCAUUAUUCUGGAGGAUGAGAGGGAGAGUGUCCUGUGAGAGUGUCCUGGGAGAGUUUCCAGGCCUUUGAGGUCCCAUAGACGUUGCUUGAUGUGCUUCUGAAAAAUAAAGGUACUUACAAAUCUGCUACAUUGAUAUAGAUGCAAAUAAAAACAGGCCUAUUAAUCUGCAAAUUACUUUUUUAAAUACUGAAGGUUGUUAGAAAAUUUGAGAGAAAAUGUUACAGCAUUCAACCAAAAUAAGCAUGGAUUAAAACGAAGGAGAUCACCUUGUUUGCCAACCAUAAAAAUAUGAAAUAAUGUGGGUUGAUAAAUUAAUGUCCUGGCUUGUAGACAAACCGAAAAUACAUCAAGAACUCCGGAUACAUUUUGUGAAAUAAUUUGAAAGUUAAUAAUGACAGACUAAUAUGGAAUAAGUCCAAUUUAAAUGUCCCUGUAAUGCAGUUAGGUGUUGUGCUGUCAUGUUAGUUUUUGCUGUUGGAAAAAGGUAGUGAAUUGUGGAGUGAUGUGAUUGUGGAUCCGUAUGAAUGUUGUGUUUUGGCGUGGUGUUGGUGCGAUGUUGUAUACUGUACUUCAUUAUAGGUUACUUAAAAAUCAGAAUUGGCUUUGUGCUUAAACUACAUUUUCCUUAAUUGUAGUUAUCAAGUAGGCUACCAGUGAAAAUGUGCCAUGUUCAAACAUGAGUUAAUUGGUGUAGUAUUGCUGUGAAUUCAUGUGACUGAAAGGUCUUUUUUUCCCAAACAAUCUGCUGUUUUGUGCUGUAAUUAUAGAUUUAAAAUCUAUGAACAGUGUGGUAAACUACUGUUUCUGUGGUAUGAAAAAGUGUGUUCCAUGCACUACUGAUAUGUCUCAGGGUCUGAGCCUUUUUCAGAGUGCAAUGUCAAACCAUGUUUGUGAAAAAAUAAACAUCUUGGCUGUCA